CCAUGGGUAAGAGUUAAAACUAUGUACAUCAUAUGCUUAUGCGUCGGAUUGUUUGCGAUUUCAAGCGCUUAUGUUAAUGUUGCUCUAAAUAAACCAGCAUACCAACAGAACCAAUGGAAGCCAGGUGACGACACGUAUGACGCCAGUAACGCUGUAGAUGGACGUAAAUCUGACUUGACAUGGAAUGGAGGUCAAUGUGCUGUAUCGUUUGGCGAACGAGUCGCCACCUGGUGGGUGAACCUAACCAGCGUCCACAAUAUCCAUCACAUCACCAUAUACUUCCUGACAGGCAGUCUCAGUGGACACACUUCUACUCACCUGGGAUUCUCUGUGUACAUCUCCAAUACAACAGACAUAUUGCAAGGAACACUGUGUUUCAAGGACUCCAACUUUACACCAGACACGAUGCCUUCCAUCUUUAACACCACCUGUCCUGUACAUGGGCAGUACGUCAUCUUCUACAACGAGAGAGAAUCUGGAGUUAUCUAUCCUUACGGAUAUCAAAAAUAUGUUGACGCUGACAUCUGUGAAGUUGAGGUGUAUGGAUGUCCAAUAGUAGAUAAUUUAUAUGGAGCCGACUGCUGUCCAGAUGUUAAUUGCCAAAAGUGUCACAUGGAAACGGACAUAUGUGUGGAGUGUGAGCCUGGAUUUGAAGGUCAUCAGUGUGAACAAGCUUGCCAAAAUGGUUUUUAUGGAGAAGGCUGUUCUGACAUGUGCAAUGACACAUGUACAGGAUGUAACAACAUCAACGGUUCAUGCGAUUCUGGAUGUCUUCAAGGAUGGAAGGGGGGAUUCUGUCAUAUAGGUUUCAGUGGAGUGCCUGUUUCAAAAUGACAAUUUACUUUUGAUAAUGCUUUUAUUUAUAUGCAUUCGUGCAUAGAGGCAAUUUUGUUUUCCGUUUGAUCUUGUAACGAAAACCCUUCCAAUCCAUACCUUCGCUUUCAUAAUUUUUUUUGAUGAAACACGGUAUAGCUGGUUUUUGACCGGUCACAAAUUUGGCGGAUUCGGGCAUGUAAGAAAAUCUGAUAUCCAUUGCCAUGACCUCCUUGAGUGGUAUGGUUCAUGUACACGGCACAAUAUUGACAGUCAUCCUUAAGAAGUUGGAUAAAGUGGUUUCUAUGGACGAGUGCACUUUACACGUCGUAGUCCUAUAUUAUCCUAAAUUGUUAUCUAUUCUAAUUCUAAAAUAUGCCUUUGUUUUGUUUCGGUUUUGGUUUCUUAGAAUUAGUUUCGUUUUGUUAUAUUUUGUUUUGUUUCCUUUCAAUUUCAUUUUGAAGUUUUAUUUAUUCCCUACGAUGGCAUUUUUUUCUAAUUUUUUUUUCAGUGGCUUGUUUAUUUUUUUUAUCGCUUACUAAUUAUUGCAGAAAACUGAAGUAGAGUAAUUUGCAGAGCUUUAAGUGUUGUUUUCACAGUGCAUACUUAUUAUAUCUCUACAAUAUAAAAAGUGUAUUGUUUCAUAAAUAAAAUAUUGUCUUAAAUAUUUAUAUAUUUAAUUAAGCAUAUAAUUGUGACUUUGUGUUACAGUUGUAAUGUUAUUUGAUUUUAACUAAAGCAAGGAUAAACAAUGUAUUAAGCACCACGGUUUUCAUUAAUAAGACAAAAGUAGAACAUUUUGAACAAUUUAACUUAGAUCAAUGUUUACAACUUACAAGUGUACACAAAAAAUGUAUCGUUUAUUACACUAAUAGCUUCCCUGAAUUGAUUAUGUAAUAUGCGAUUGAUUCAGUCGGAGCGAUUGGUUUUAAUUCAUGUCUUGUGUUAUUUUGAGAAUUUUUUUUGGAAAUGUCUUUUUGAUUCUCCUAGUUUUUCAACAUUUCAAACGUUUACAAACAUCCAAAUUAAAAAAGGAUGAUAAUUCAAUUCAAUGACAAGUCCUUAAUCUUAAGCAGAUUAUGACGAAGACUUAAAUGAAAGUGCUAGUUAUUUGGCUAUUUGAAAGGUAAUAUAGAAAUUGACUCUCGAUUUAGACGUUACACAAUCCAGUUAAAAGUUUCACUUGUUUAAAUUUGUACCAUUUUGUACAACCCGUAUCGUAUCUACAAGUUCAUAUAAAACUUUGUUUUGAUACGAUGUUUAAAUUACAUUCAUAAUAAUUGAGAAAUUUGUCGCCUAGAUGACUUCUCUUCACUGAGAGUUUUGUAGAGAAGACCUGCUUUAAUCUCUUUUAAGUACCACUAUGUUAAAAGAGUAACUUUUGUAGUACCUCUUAAUGUAAACUAAUCGGUGUAACACUCGACAUCACAAAAAUGUUAACUUAGCGAAUAACGACACAGAGUGAAAUGUGUUAUUUUUUUUUAUCUUAGUAAUAUAUUAAUUUGUAUUUACUUUAAUUUCGACCCAUUCGUUGUUGUAACUUAAUAUAUAAGUAUAAAAGAACCUCAUUACUUGUCGUAUUAAAGAAAUAUAUAACUAAUAAUAAGAGAUGAUUUUUUAUUACAGAAAAUUACACAGUUAAGUUUCUUAAACUUUCAUAUCAAGGUAAAACAUAAACUUUUCAGGUGAAAUAUUUACAUUAUACCUUGCCGUAAAAAAUAAUUAUAUUUUUUAAAGUAAGAUAUGAAUUUGUUUUUAUGAAAAGCAGUUUUACAGGUAUAGCUGUACACAACUUUCAUAUCAUAUAAAAGUAAAACAUAAACAUUACAUGCAACAUAUCUAUCUUAAUUAAAAAA